UACACAGUGUGCUUAAAAGCAUCACCAGAGACCCUCUUGCUUCUGAGGUCCCAUUGAACUUCAGGUUCAGGCCAAUUUGUGAUCAGAGAGAAUUCAGAAUUUCAGUAUGGGAUUCAACAAGCCCACAGGCCCAUUUCAUGAAAAUGCUAUGAGAAUCAAAGCCAAAGAUAGUUACAGGCAAUGUCAAGGCCGCAUUCUUGCCGAAUUUAAAUUUACAAUAUUAUCUUUCUUCUUUGUCAUGAUCUUCUCUAAUGCUGCUGCAUACGAUCCACUUGAUCCAAAUGGGAACAUAACAAUUAAAUGGGAUGUAAUGUCUUGGACCCCAGAUGGCUAUGUGGCAGUGGUGACAAUCAACAACUUCCAGUUGUACCGGCACAUUAUGAGCCCAGGCUGGACUUUGGGCUGGACUUGGGCGAAAAAAGAAGUCAUAUGGUCCAUGGUGGGAGCCCAAACUACCGAGCAAGGAGACUGUUCCAAGUUCAAAGGAAAUAUUCCACAUUGUUGCAAGAAGACUCCCACAGUGGUGGAUUUGCUCCCUGGAGUCCCUUACAAUCAACAAUUUACUAAUUGCUGCAAAGGCGGUGUGGUGACAGCUUGGGGACAAGACCCUGCAGCCUCAGUCUCAGCUUUCCAGGUGAGUGUUGGGCUCGCUGGUACCACAAACAAGACAGUAAAACUUCCCAAGAACUUCACUUUGCUAGGUCCAGGACCAGGUUACACUUGUGGCCCAGCAAAGAUUGUGCCCUCCACAACCUUCCUCACCCCUGACCGCCGGCGAAAAACUCAGUCACUGAUGACAUGGAAUGUGACCUGCACUUAUUCACAGUUUCUGGCGCGGAAGAACCCGAACUGUUGCGUCUCCUUCUCAUCUUUCUACAAUGACACCAUCACUCCUUGUCCCUCCUGUGCCUGUGGUUGCCAGAACAAGAACAACUGUAUCAAAAGUGAUUCAAAGCUGCUAAGCGUGGUGGGAAUCAAUACACCAAAGAAAGACAGCACACCACUGUUGCAAUGCACUCACCACAUGUGCCCGAUUCGAGUGCACUGGCAUGUGAAGCUCAACUACAAGGACUAUUGGCGUGUCAAGGUUUCCAUCACCAAUUUUAACUACAGAAUGAACUAUACACAGUGGACACUUGUUGUUCAGCACCCAAAUCUUGACAAUGUUACCCAAGUUUUUAGUUUCGACUACAAGCCUCUCGUUCCUUAUGAAUCCAUAAAUGAUACUGGCAUGUUUUACGGCAUGAAAUUCUACAACGACCUACUAAUGGAGGCCGGUCCAUUUGGCAAUGUCCAGUCAGAGGUUCUGCUUCAGAAAAACAAGGAGACGUUCACCCUGAAGCAAGGAUGGGCAUUUCCUCGGAAAGUCUACUUUAAUGGUGACGAGUGCAUGCUACCCCCACCAGAUACAUACCCAUUCCUACCAAAUUCUGCCCAUGCGAAUCCACUUGCAUUCUCGACAUUAAUUGUUUCUAUGCUCUUCCUCUUAAUGACUGUCUGGUGAUGGGUUUCCUAGAGAAAUGAGUCGGUUCUCAGGAGUUUUGAAGGCAUAGAAGUAGUUUAGUCUUGAAUGAGUGGCCAUCUUUGACACAACUGGAGGGACAGGUAUAUAUACAAACAAAACAUCAAAUUCUAUUCUUUUUAAACUAAAAUGGACGAGCUGGGUGUAUCUCAGUUAAGUGAAACAUUUUCUGUUAAGAUAUUCAUGAAAAAAAAAAAUUAAAACAAGCUCCUCUAAAAGAAUGGUGCCCAUACUGCAUUGGUACGCAAGGGUUGUUUGUUUCAAUGCACAAGGAGCAAAAAAUUCUUCUACCAAAAUAGUUUCAGUAGUUAUUGUUGCCCAUUUUAUGGGGAAAACUGAAAACUUUUCCACCCCUCCUCGAAAUUUAUGUAGAUGGAACCUAAACUGAUCAAUUUUUUUCAAGAUACAAUGAAUAAAGGAGGGUAUCUGGGUCUGUUUCUCUGUCUGGUAAUGGUUGCUAUCACUGUCCAUUCGAUCACCAUGUUUCGCAACUCGAUGUAAUAUUAUUUGAUUCUCCUGUAGAUGGAACCUAAACUGAUCAAUUUUUUUUCAAGAUACAAUGAAUAAAGGACGGUAUCUAGAUCUGUUUCUCUGUCUGGUAAUGGUUGCUAUCACUGUCCAUUCGAUCACCAUGUUUCGCAACUCGAUAUAAUAUAUAUGAUUCUCCUGUAGAUGGAACCUAAACUGAUCAAUUUUUUCAAGAUACAAAGAAUAAAGGAUCUGUCUGGUAUGGUUGCUAUCACUGUCCAUUCGAUCACCAUGUUUCGCAACUCGAUCUAAUAUUAUGUGAUUCUCCUGUUCCAUGGUUUAGCUUUUAGAUUGGAAGACUAAUAAACCUCAGAGCAGUCUAUUUUAAUGCUGUGCCAUGCCGAUGCAUUCAAGACAAGAGGUGAUCACACAGCCAGUAGCUUACAUCAAUGAACUGAUUACAGCAUGUAAGAGUUGGGAUCUGUUGCGCUUGUUUUGCGCUCAACUUGGGCAGACUGCAUUCAAGGGCAUGACAAGUAGAACAGAUCCGGACUCUUAAUGUAGUGGCCAAAAUGUAGUCUUAUAUGCAACCCGACAGGGAUUAGAGGUACCAUAUCUCGUGCAAAGAAGAUUUUCUUUCUUCAUCCUCCUGAAGAUGUGCCACCUUAAAUUACAGUUCAUUCCUUGAGUGGGAUUUUCAAAUGAAAAAAUAAAAUAAAAUUUCAUGGGCAGAUAAAAAUUUGAUUAACUCAAAGAUCAAAUCCAUAUAUUAUCUCUAAUUUCACUGUGAGAUGUCUUUAUUACAAUGGAGAAAAUAACAAUUUUAAGUGGAACCCUACAAACAAGAUGGUUAAUUAUAAAUUAA